AGAACUUGGUGAAACCACUCUGUUGUCCAAACUUCAUAAUGACCUUACUAACAAGCUGGAUAUCAGUCCUAACAGCAUUUCUUCUUCUCUUACAUUUUUGGAGAGCAAAGAUACAUGCUUCUGGAAAUCCAGAAGAGGAAAUUGAUUACACAUAUGUUAUUAUAGGAGUUACUCUGGGAGCACUUCUAUCAAUUGGUUUUGUAGCAGUAAUAAUCUGCAUGAUCAAAACCCAAAUGUUUGAGCAUGUCUCUGGAGAGUCAGAUGGCAAAAUGGAUAGAAGGUCAAACAUGGGAUCAAGCCAAAACAGAGAUGACAUCCAUGUACUGGAAAACCUAAGUACAAAAGAUCAAUAACCCUUUUGCAGUCAACAGUUACCUGGUCAGAGGAUCGAUAGAAGUCUCUUGUGCACAGGCAGGAAUCUUACCAAUACCAAUUCCUUUCUUUGUUCUUUAGUUGAAAGGCUGAUUGACUGAUUACAGGAAGAGCUUAUAGUGCAUGCUAACUUCAAUCACUUGCACCCAAAAAGCCUGCAAUGCCCAACAGCAUGUACAUGAGGAGAAUGUAUGAAGAAAAUAAAAUUGAUUAGCUCUGUUCAUUAAUAGAUCCUGUUUAGUCUGUGAUAAGUAUAUGAUUAAUUUCUAAAAUCAGUUAAAUACAGGGUAAUAAAAAAGGUAGCCAUAUAAUUAAGGAGCAGAAUUCAUGAUCACGCCCAUAUUUCAAGAUAGGUUAAUAAUGACUGCACCAAGUUGGAAAAUCAUUCAUUAGAGGUUGAAGCAACACAAGGCUUCUCAAAUUUUUCAGGGAAUACAUAUUUUGUGUUAAUAGAAAAACAUUUCAGCCAUUUUAGUUUUAUCUUUUUUAGAUUUAGGACUGAUGUCUUUUGUCUGUAGGUGGUAGUGCUGAUUUCAGCAAUUUUAAAUGAGUUAUGGUCAUUUAAAAUUAAAAAUUCCUUUUGAAAUAAUGUUUUUCAUGUUUUGUUGACAUUUCAUGUCAACACUGUACAAAAAGCUAAUCUGACACUUCCAGAAUUAACCCAUCCCUAUUUUUUAGUAUAAGAAAAUGCACUAAGUACAAUUAGAAAUAAUUUCACUCACACAGAACCUUAAUUCUUGUUCUAGCCUUGUACUUGAUUGCAUCAAAAUUGCUUGCCAGUUACAAGCUUCUUACAGUGGGAGUGACAAAAAGAAAAAUUAUAGCUUUGUCUCAUAACAUUUAGAAUAGUUUAAACAAUUUAAAAUAGUGUAAACCCAAGUUCCUUUGCUAAAAUUUCCCAACUUUUACCAUAUCUGUUAGCCUAUGGCUUUGUCCACAUUUCAGAAAACAAUGCUACAGAUUCUAUUCUAUUUAAUCCUGUUUUUUUUCCAAAAUGCUGUAUGUAACAUAUUGUCAUUACAAGGUGUGGGAAAAGCAGGAAGGUUUUUGUAUUUCAAGCCAGGUGUUCCUUUCAGCUUGUGAAGACAGGGCAGCAAAUCCCAGCUGUGGGAGCUCAGGGAGCACUCAGCCAGCAGCAAUGUCACACUGGGCAUCCCCUGCUAUUCCUACAGCUCCUCUCAGGAAACCCAGCAGGACUUAAAGGCUUGGGAGCCUCAGGUAGAUGACAUGCACAACAUUAAAUAAUGUUCCAAUAUUUCACAGGCAGAGCAUUACAGCAUUAUGUUGUAGCAUUACAGGAUGACUCCAAACAGGAUUUUACACUAUUUUAUUGCAACUUACAAAUGAACAUUAUCCAGAUCCAAAGACCACAAACUGUAAAUAAAUUGGAUCUUCAUAAAAUUUUAGCUCAGGCCAAUGUCUAUAGACAUGGAUUUUUUUAAUCUCUCAUCUAACAUACAUUCUUAAAGUAAGAUUUGGUACCUCUAUCUGCUCUCAGUUAUGCCAUGUGACAGAUCCUAACAAUAAUGUUCUUUCCAGUUCUUCACUAAUACAAUAGAUAUAAUCCAACUUAAAAAAAAAACAAACAAAAUAAUUGUAAGAAUGAAGUCUAACCUAGAAGUUCUGUGUAUUAUUAAGAAAUAUCACUCAAAAAAAAUCAUGGAAACCAGAGCUUCCUAUCCAGAAAUCAACUUUCAUAUCAUGAAGAGAUGCAAUUAACCCUACACAUUAAAGGGGGAGCUGAUGCGCUGAGUCAGGGACUUAAAAGUCAAUAUGAUGUUAGAGCAUAAGAGCAGAUAUAUCAGAAUUUUGUUUUUACAAAGAAUAAGCUACUUUACUACUUGUAACUGUAACUGAAGGGAUUUGAAUAUGUGUUUUUUUUCUAACCUUCACAGAGCAGGUAAUUUUUCAAAUAUGCAAAGGAAACUGGACAGUAAUUUUUCCACAUAUUUUGAAUAACAAAAUGUAAGGUUUAUUUUGAGAGAAAAAUUGUAUAUUGGUACACUUUCUCUAGAUUCCUACGUGUCUGUUACCCAUUUCAGUAACACUGCAGUUCAUUAGCACCAUUUGCUAAGAGAUAAACUAAAGCAGUAAUGUGAUACUUGUAAGUAAUUGUGUGUACAUGUGUAAGUGAAUAAAGCAUCUUGUAAGGUA